UAUUCUGUAUAAGAUGAGCUGGUCCCUAACACGAUCGAUAGAACUUGAUAUAUUAUGGUUGAAGUACAGCCAGACAAGAUACAACAUGUCAGCAAUGGAGACAACGUCCAACCCGCAGAUAGAAAAUUCGGAGUGGCUCAUUCACGUCCCAGACUUUCCGGAGGCCAAACAACGGAGGGCUGCCGUGUUCCCACAACACAUCGAGCGGAUGAAAACAGAUCCUCAAGGCUUUUGGGUGUUUGGAGGAGCCACUUUGACGGAGCCCGUGGGCCCCGGCCAACCCCCGCACAUUACGGGCAGUGCCAUGCUUGUCCUCGCGCCCACGCGGGAACGGGUUUUAGCGCGACUUCUGGAUGAUCCGUUGGUCAAGGAGAAGAUUUGGGAUAUCGAGAACGCUCAGAUUCAUGCAUUCUUACGUCCGAAAAGAACUCACCUCUGAGAGGGCCCAAUUGUUACCGAAUGAAAACAUUCAGUCUUGUUGGUCUAAGAGGGGAAAUAACGGUUCAAGUUGCGAAAGAGUAGAUUGGCAUUGUAUUAGCCAAUUAUCAGUGACCAUCGCUCGCAAAGAAGUGACGUAAAAGUUUUAGAAGAAAAGCAGGGACAUAGAAACUUCCUUAAGAAUAGACAGUUGUUUAUGUUGAGCUCUUCAGC